UGUGAGGGAGACAGCAGGCAGAGCCGCCUCCUGGGACUCGUGCGCUACCGCCCGAAGCAUGGUGGCCAGGAACAUGCUCUCUUCCUGUACACGCACCGAAGGAUGGCCAUUACCGGGGACGACGUCUCCUUGGACCAGAUCGUGCCGAUCUCUCGGGAUUUCACGCUGGAAGAAGUGUCCCCGGAAGGUGAACUCUACAUUCUUGGCUCAGAUGUCACCAUCCAGCUGGACACAGCAGAGCUCAGCCUCCUAUUCCAGCUCCCCUUUGGUUCACAAACCAGAACGUUCCUCCAGGAAGUCGCCAGGGCCUAUCCAGGGUCCGACCCCACGGCCCCGGAUCCUGAAUUCCUGUGGCUAUCUCGAUACAGGUGCACGGAGCCGGAGCCCGGGCCGCCCACGCCGCGCGGCUGGACCAGGGCCCCAGGCACCUGGCCCGGGAGCGCUAGAAUUGGCGGAGGUGAGUCGAGACCCAAUGGGAAGGGUCUGCUUGUGGACCAAAGCUCCUGGGGUCAGGAUAAACCAGAAAACUUGCUCCCAAGACAGAAUAAGUCCAAAUCUGAAAUAACCGACAUGGUCCGCUCCUCCACGAUCACAGUAUCAGACAAGGCUCACAUUUUAUCCAUGCAGAAGUUUGGGCUGCGAGAUACAAUUGUGAAAUCACAUCUAAUGCAGAAAGAAGAAGAUUAUACCUAUAUCCAGAACUUCAGUUUUUUUGUGGGGACCUACAACGUGAAUGGACAGUCACCCAAGGAGUGCCUCCGGCCGUGGCUCAGCCAUGGUAUCCAGGCCCCAGAUGUAUACUGUGUGGGCUUCCAGGAGCUUGAUCUGAGUAAGGAAGCCUUUUUCUUCCAUGAUACCCCGAAGGAGGAAGAGUGGUUUAAAGCCGUAUCAGAGGGUCUUCACCCAAAAGCCAAAUAUGCAAAGGUGAAGCUAAUACGACUGGUUGGGAUUAUGCUGCUGUUAUAUGUCAAACAGGAGCACGCAGCGCACAUCUCAGAGGUGGAGGCUGAGACGGUGGGGACAGGAAUCAUGGGGAGGAUGGGUAACAAAGGGGGUGUGGCGAUCCGGUUCCAGUUUCACAACACCAGCAUCUGUGUAGUCAAUUCCCACCUGGCAGCCCACACAGAGGAGUACGAGAGGAGGAACCAGGACUACAAAGACAUUUGUUCUCGAAUGCAGUUUUGUCAGGUUGACCCAAGCCUCCCCCCUCUCACCAUCAGCAAGCACGAUGUGAUCUUGUGGCUGGGGGACCUCAACUACAGGAUAGAAGAACUGGAUGUGGAAAAAGUGAAAAAGCUCAUCGAGGAGAAGGCCUUUCAAACCCUGUAUGCGUAUGACCAGCUGAGAGCUCAGGUGGCUGCAAAGGCCGUCUUCGAAGGCUUCAGCGAGGGCAAGCUCACGUUUCAGCCCACCUAUAAGUAUGACACUGGCUCCGACGACUGGGAUACCAGCGAGAAGUGUCGCGCUCCUGCCUGGUGUGACCGGGUCCUCUGGAAAGGAAAGAACAUCACUCAGCUGAGCUACCAGAGCCACAUGGCCCUGAAGACCAGCGACCACAAGCCUGUCAGCUCAGUGUUUGACAUCGGGGUGAGGGUUGUAAAUGAAGAGCUUUAUCGGAAGACUCUGGAGGAGAUUGUUCGCUCUCUGGAUAAGAUGGAAAAUGCCAACAUUCCUUCCGUGUCUCUCUCCAAGCGAGAGUUCUGUUUUCAGAAUGUGAAGUACAUGCAACUGCAGAUAGAGUCCUUCACCAUUAGGAAUGGACAAGUACCGUGUCAGUUUGAAUUCAUCAACAAGCCUGACGAACAUUAUUACUGUAAGCAGUGGCUAAACGCCAACCCCAGCCGAGGGUUCCUCCUGCCAGAUUCUGCCAUUGAGAUUGAAUUGGAGCUGUUUGUAAAUAAGACCACAGCUACAAAGCUCAACUCAGGUGAAGACAAAAUUGAGGACAUUCUGGUUUUGCACUUGGACAGAGGAAAGGAUUACUUUUUGUCUAUUUCUGGGAACUACCUGCCCAGCUGUUUUGGAUCGCCCAUUCACACGUUGUGCUACAUGAGGGAGCCAAUCUUGGACUUGCCGCUAGAAACUGUUAGAGAGCUGACUCUGAUGCAACUACAGACUGAGGAUAAUGGGAGCCAGUUGGAGGAACCCAUGGACAUCCCCAAAGAGCUCUCUAUGAUGAUUGAGUUCCUGUACCGAAAUGCCAUCCAGCAGGAAGAUCUGUUUCAGCAGCCAGGCCUGAGGUUGGAAUUUGAGCAUAUCAGGGACUGUUUGGAUACUGGGACCAUUGAUACCCUCUCGGCUAGCAGUCACUCGGUAGCCGAAGCCCUGCUGCUUUUCCUGGAGAGCCUGCCAGAGCCCGUCAUCUGUUACAGCGCCUACCGCAACUGCUUGGAGUGUUCUGGCAACCUCACAGCAAGUAAACAGCUAGCAUAUUUGGUAGCUUACUGCUUCGAAACCCAGCUGGUCACCAAAAGCUUGAAAUGGCAGAGAAGAAGAAGGCUCAAGAAUUUAUCCACCAGUUCCUCUGCAACUAACUCGGAGCCUAUCUCCCCUCCGAUUCUGACUGGGGCAGCCAAUUACCAGCCCCACCUGUUUCAGUUCCAGAGCUGCCCUAGGAGCAUGUGAGCCCACUGGGAAGCCAGAGUGGCAGCUGCCUGUUUCCUGAGCCCAGACUGCCCUCCCCACCAUGACUGUCACACUCAGUGCUGCUGUAAGUUGUGAAGACACAAGGAGGAAUCCACCACAAUAAAACUGACAUUCAAUGUUCAACUUUAGUUAUUUAACAGAUAGAUCUUUUUUUACUAUUUAAGCAACCAUACUUCUUGUGCUCAAACUGCCUCCAGGGCAUACAGUGCCUUCCCUGUAGCUUGGGCUGAACUCUCCAUGAUCAGAUAUUUGAACAAAUUGUGGAGUCCUGAAGGAUGAAUGACUGGAUGGCAAGAAUGCAAAUGGAAGCUACUGGAUAAACAGGCCACAGCCACCUCAGAUGCUUCCAGCGCUCUGAGGACAUGGGUGUACACAUAUUGCAAACCCUACCCCCUUUCCCAUUCAGAAAUGGCUCAGCAGCUCUGGAGCUGGCCACUCAGCCUCCGAGGGCAAUACAGUGGCUUGAAAAUGAAAAUACUGAAGACAUUGGUGUUCUGGUGAAACAAGUGGAAUUUUCCGGGCCAACAAACUGUAUAUAAUGCACCCCCUCUCUUAUAUGUGUAAUAUAUUUUAAUGAUAAAUGUAUUUUUAACAGUG